GAAGACAAAUAAUUAUUUUAAAUAAAAGACCAAUAUUAUAGCGACACACACGACGAAGCAGAGAAACGAACGAAGUUGGCAGCGCUGCGAAAGGCGAUUGUGGAACGUGUGGAACGCAAGCUGCGUGUGUGUGUGAACGUAUUUGUGUGUGAAAGGCAACGAGCUAACUGCUCAUGUCAUUUACUUUUUUUUUUAGCGAGCUGCAAGCUAAAUUGUCAAAGUGAAAAAAAGUUGAGAGCAGUUGAAGAAAAGAAGCGAAAACUGAAAAUUUAAUUCAUUUUAUUCAAAAACUCAAAGUGCAAAACGAAACCAUGGUUCCAACGUCUGUCCAGCCGCCGGAACGUCAUUUCGGCUACGUUUGCUCCAAGUGCCAGGCAGCUGCCUUUGUCGGACGUCGCUAUGCCUGCUGGAUGUGCAUUGGCUAUCAGCUCUGUGGCAACUGCUACGAUUCGGGCCAGUUGCCCCAGUUGCCGGAGCACAAGUAUUUCCAUCCCUUGGAGGUGCAUUAUACACGCGCCGAGUACGAGCUCUACUUUGGGGGCGAGGCCUACUCGGAGACGAAUGUGCCGCAGAGCUACAAGUGUGCGCUGUGCAAUCAGCUUGGAUUUACGACCUUGCAGCUCUACAAGCAUCUGUCGGACGUGCAUCGCGGCCACAGUGAUUUCGAUGAAUAUUUCAGCAUACUGUAUACCAGAUAUACGGCGGAUGCAGCAGCCGCCACGGUGCGUUUGACUGCGAAUGGCGGAAGUGUUUCGGCAAAUGGUUCGGCUUCUGGAUUUGGUUCUGGUGCUGGGUCUGGUUCGGGAUCAGGCUCUGGCUCUGGCUCGAAUUCGGGUUCGAUUUCGCGUGCGGCUACUACCCCGACAACGGGCUAUCUACGGCAGCGGGCAAUCGCCCCCGCGCAGCGCCCAAUGCUGCCUGUUGCCGCACAGCGCAACGUCAUCGAUUCAGCGGUCAGUUUCCGUGAGGCUGUACGCAUGACCCAGGCUCGACGCGCCGCUCUCUUGGAGCAGCAGGCAUUGAACGUGCUCGAGGAGCUGAGCUUUAGCAACAAUAACACUCCUCGUUACUAUACGACCAAUCAUUGUCUGAAUGUUGCAGUGCGAUCGCCUCAGGACCACGGAUCUCAUCUGCAGUUGCUGCAGCAGCAGCAGCACCAACAACUGCAUCAGCAGCUGCAGCAGCAACUGCAGCAACAGCCGUCGGUGUCGCAGCCUCCUGCUUCGGCACGCUCGGAUGGCAUCGUUUUGGAUGCUCGCACCAUGCGUAGUCCGAAAGUGACUCGCUUGCGCAACUUGCCGGCAACCAUGCGCCUGGGCACGCUCUUUCCCAAGGUGAGCUCGCAGAUGCCCAGGCGCACGGGCGGGGAUGAUUGGGUCUCGUACUGGGCGCACUCGUCGAGUCUGAUGGAUCAGCAGCAGCAUCGGGCCGAGAGGCUCAUGACCACCUAUGCGGACAUCCUGCGCGAUGUAUCCGGAAUCAGUGAUGGGCGGGACAAGAACAAAGACAAGGACAAGAAUAAGAGCAAGGAAAAGAGCAAGGAGAAGGCCAGCAAUGAGAGUGGCGAUUUGAAUAAAUUUCUAUGCACCAAGUUUCUAGACAUGGAGGAGUCGCAGUCGCAGUCGCAGCACAGUCUGCCACCAGAAGCAUAUCGUAUGCACUUCACUGAAGCUCUGCUGUGCUCCAUGCUGGCCGACGAGCAACUGGAGCCAGUUACAAUGCCAUUGGCAGCUCCCAUCGUGACCAAAGCACCACUAACAAGUACUGCCCCGGCCGAGGCCACAAAGGAGACUCUAGAGGAGGCGGGCAGCGACGUCGCUGCGCCAGUUUGCAACAUGGAUCGCUUCUAUAAGAAUCUCGAUCUGUAUAAAAAGUGGCUAGCUGACUUCGCCAUUAAGAAGCAGGAGCAGAACUCGAAGGUAGUCGCUGUGCCGGACAUGAUCUUGCAGGCAACACACGAUCCAGUCGGCAUCGACUCGGACAUGGAUCCCGACACCGAUGAGCGCGACGAAGAGGAUGAUGCGGCUAGCGGUGUGGACCAGGAGGUGGCUCAACCGAAUGUCGAGAGCAAUGUUGUGACUGUCAAUAUCAUCAAUGAGCACAAUAAUCCUCAGGUCGAGGACGACGACGUGGUUAUCGAAGUGGAUGAUGUCGAUGGCGAGGGCGAAGCUGAAGGGGAAGGUGAUGUUGAGGAUGAGGAGGAGGAAGAUUACGAUGAUAACUCGGGCUCGGAGACAUCCGAUUCAACUAUAGCCAUGCUGGUCAAUGAAAUUGAUCAGGUUUACGGUUACUAAGGGAAUUUUCGAAUAGAAAUUGACAAUGGGAGGAGUAUCCAUAUAAUGAGCGGUUAAUAGCGCGUAUGAAAGAGUUUAUGGAAAGAAAAUAAUACGAAAAAUGGAGCAGAAAAAUGCAAGAAAAAUAUAUAUACAAAU